AUGUUAAGAAUUAUCAAUAGCUUUCGUCACGAGUGUAACUUUUACAGGCAGAAAUUAUCUUAUUCCACUUCAAAUAACUUAAAUUUUGAGGAGAUUGAGCGUAAAUGGAUAGGCAGGUGGAAAAAUUUAGGAGGCAUCUUAAAAACUCGGAGAAAUAAGGAGAAAAAAAAAUUUUACGUUUUGGCAAUGUUCCCCUAUCCCAGCGGAAUGUUACAUAUGGGACACGUCAGGGUAUAUACCAUCAGUGAUACCAUAGCGAGGUUUCGGAGAAUGCUGGGAUAUGAUGUGAUUCAUCCGAUGGGUUGGGAUGCUUUCGGCCUUCCCGCCGAAAAUGCUGCUAUAGAGCGCGAUAUCCAUCCGGCCGAUUGGACUGCAUCUAACAUCGCCUCGAUGAAACAACAGAUGGAAAGAAUACUGACCGAUUUUGAUUGGGAUAGGGAAGUGACAACUUGUUACCCAGAAUAUUACAAGUGGACUCAGUAUCUUUUUCUUCAAAUGUAUAAAGCCGGUCUGGCUUAUCAAAAAGAAGCGGUUGUCAAUUGGGAUCCAAUUGAUCGAACAGUGUUGGCCAAUGAACAAGUAGAUUCCGAAGGACGCUCGUGGAGAUCGGGUGCUAAGGUCGAACGUAGGAAACUAAAGCAGUGGUUCUUGAAAAUUACUGACUACGUAGAACCCUUAUUGAAUGACCUUGACACAUUAGACAAGUGGCCGGAUCGUGUCAAACAAAUGCAAAGGUUUUGGAUCGGAAAAUCCACAGGUGCUGAAUUUGAUUUUGUGGUGAAUUCAAGUUCACAUGGAUCUCCGUAUACGAUCAAAGUUUUUACCAGUAGGCCCGAUACGAUCUUUGGUGUUCAAUACCUUGCAGUGUCCAUGGAUCACCCACUCGUGUCAAAAGAAUUCCUACCGCAGGAGACGCUUUCCAAUUUAUUGGAAUCUGUGGACGAAAAAGUCGAAAAAGGAAUCAACACAGGAAUUUAUGCGACACACCCAAUUACCGGUUCUUCGAUACCCAUAUUUAUCGCGCCCUACGUGAUUUCAGAUUAUGGUACAGGUGCAUUGAUGGGCGUACCAGCUCAUGAUGAACGCGACCAGAAAUUUUUCAAACAGAACUUGCUGGUCAGCAAAAAAGAUAUAAAGAGGGUCGUUGAGCCUGCCGAGCAAGAUGAAUCUUCAAACAACGAGGUCUACACGUCACUAGGAAUUCUGACAAAGGAUUGUGGAAAAUAUGCUGGCAUGUCUAGUAAAGAAGCGAUGAAAAAUAUUGUUAACGACGCGCAAAAAGCUGGUUACGGUCGUUGGUCUGUACAGUAUCGCCUUAGGGAUUGGUUAAUCUCUCGACAACGUUAUUGGGGUGCUCCCAUCCCAAUUAUACAUUGUCCAAAAUGUGAUGUUGUUCCCGUUCCCGAGUCCGAUCUUCCAGUAAUUUUGCCUAACGACGUAUCUUUCACCUACCGAAAUGGUUCUCCCUUGAAACAAGCUCAUGAUUGGCUAAAUUGUAAAUGUCCCAAAUGUCAAGGUCCUGCACGGAGAGACACUGAUACAAUGGAUACAUUUGUUGACUCUUCUUGGUAUUUCAUGCGAUAUACUGAUCCCAAAAACACUUUGCUGCCGUUCAGUUCACGGAAUGCAUCAGAAUUGCUUCCAGUCGAUAUAUAUGUCGGUGGUAUUGAACAUGCGAUUUUGCAUUUACUGUAUUCUCGAUUCUUUGCGAAAUUCAUGUCCAAACAUGACAUGUUUUCCUUUAAAAACGGCUCCAAUAUGGAAAAUAAGAAUGAACCAUUUAAGCAACUAAUAACCCAGGGUAUGGUUCAUGGAAAAACUUUUAAAGACCCUAAAACAGGAAGAUUCCUGAAACCUAUGGAAGUUGACCUAACCGACCCUAACAACCCGGUUCAAAUUUCAACUGGUCUUAAACCGAUAAUUUCGUUUGAGAAAAUGUCCAAAAGCAAGUAUAACGCACCGGCAUCGGAGGUGCUUGAAUGGGAAGAGAUGAGUAUUGUGGGUAUGCAAAGGUGGAUUUCGAGGGUAGGAAGGCUUGUUGAAAAUGUUGUUGAAAAUGGCUUAAAGUCAGUUGAUCCAAAUGUAAUCGAUAAUUUGGAUUCGAUGAACAAAGAGGAAAAGGAAACAUAUAGGAUCAUAAACGUCACAAUUAAAGAGGUGACAACUGUACUUGAGGAAAGUUAUUCAUUCAACACCGCAAUCUCAUCAUUGAUCAAAUUGACAAAUCAUCUUACAAGCAUAUCUCCGAAUUUGAACGAGGCUGCCCCUCGGGAGAAACCAGUCAUCGAACCUACUAAUGUGAUAAUUUCUCCUUAUUUAUACGAAUAUGGUGUAAGAGCGUUGAUUAAAAUGCUUGCGCCGAUGGCUCCAAGCUUUGGCGAAGAAUUUUGGGAAAUUUUAAACAAAAUGCAGUAUCUCGAUCAUCAGUUAGGAAAUGAUGCUAACAUUGAUAAUCUUGGCAAUACGAUAUUUAAUGAACCUUGGCCAAAAGUUGAUGAAAAAGGCCUAAGCGUUGAAGAAGUUACUUGUGUUGUUCAGAUUAAUGGAAAGACGAGAUUUACGGUGAAAUUGCCAACAACAAUUUUACAUGAUAAUCCAUCCAUAGAGUCGAUAAUCCAGAAUUCUGAAAACAGUAAAAAAUGGUUCUUCGAUGCUGAAGGUAAAGAAAGGAAGGUUAAAAAGAUUGUACAUGUUGGCGGUGGCAAG